AUGACAUGUCCCAUGCGCUUCGACCGCGACCGCGAGGUCCAAGUCCCCUUUGAGAAGCCACACAUUUUCGAAACCAUUGCCGAGCCGCAUGAGCUCAAGAACUACGUCGACGACGCCAUCUACCUGACGGGCGGGCAGUUUGCCAUUCUGUGCCAGUUUGCACACCCGGGCCUCGCCGAGGGCUCCUACAAGCACUCCAACUUUGCCUACCGCAUCCUGAACCGCCUGCAGACGACGGCGCGCUUCUUGAAUGCCGCCGUCUACGGCACGCAGCAGGAGAAGGAGGCCAUUUUCAGUGUCAUUCACAGUGCACAUUCCGACGUCAAGGGAGAAACCUACUACGCCGACGACCCCGAACUCCACAAGUGGACAGCCGCCACCCUCUUUGUCUCGCUGGUCGUCGUCCACGAGGCCUUUUUCGGCAAGCUCUCGCGCGAGAAGCAAGAGGCCCUGUACAAGGAGAGCGCCGUGUACGGCACCUCGCUGCGGAUGCCGCCCGAAAUGUGGCCCGCCACCCUCGACGCCUUUUGGGAGUACUGGCACCACAUGAUUGCGACGCUCGAGGUGACGGACUGGGCCCGGAACCUUGCGGGCGACUUGCUGCACCCCAAGAAACUACCGCUCUGGCUGAAGCCGCAGGCGCCCGUGGCGCGCCUCUUGACUAUCCACUGGAUGCCAGAGAGACUCCAGAGAGAGUACGGCCUCACUGUUACGCCGCUCAACAAGGCAAUGUAUCACUUUGUCGUAGGUUACACAGCGCUGGUAUACCCCCAUCUCCCAAAAAGCCUCAAACAAUUGCCGAGCAAAAUGUACAUGAAGGAUAUGAAGAAGGCUGUGAAGCGUAUCGAAGAGACGGGGACUUGGUACAAGGCGGCUCAAGCUUGA